AUGGGAGGAAAGAGUCCAGGGCAGAGAUACGGUGUCAAGACCCUAGAUGGUGACUUUGUCCAUGCUGGAAACAUUCUUGCUACUCAGAGGCUGAUGCGAUGGCACCCAGGGUCCCAGGUAGGAAUUGGCCGAAAUAACACUCUGUACGCACUAGAGGAUGGCAUUGUACGUUACACCAAAGAAGUCUAUGUACCAAGACCUCGUAGCAGUGAUGGUAUCAAAGUUAUCCCCAAGCUACCUAUGGGCGCAGUUCUAUAUAAAACCUUCAUUAAUGUCAUUCCGGAGCCUAAAGAACAUAGCUUUAAAUUGGUGGAAAUGAUGUGA